AUGCAGCAGCUGAUCACACCCCCCUCUGUUUUCAUUGUAGUGAAAGCUGGCGGAAUGCGCAUCGUGCAGAAACACCCGCAUUCAGGAGACACCAAAGAAGAAAAAGACAAGGACGACCAGGAAUGGGAAAGCCCCAGCCCGCCCAAGCCGACCGUGUUCAUCUCUGGUGUGAUCGCCCGGGGCGACAAAGACUUCCCCCCGGCGGCCGCGCAGGUGGCUCACCAGAAGCCGCACGCCUCCAUAGACAAGCAUCCUUCGCCGAGAACCCAGCACAUCCAGCAGCCUCGCAAGUAACGGGGAGGACCCAGCGCCUCCACCAGCCGUGCCUCAAUUUCCCGAUCUUUUGUAUUUCCCCGGCAAAGAGAACUGGCAUUUUCUUCAAGACACUGUCCCUAUGGGAAAUCUAAGACAAAGUCAAGUGCCCCUGCCUUUGCCUUAAAUUUCCAUAUCUGAAACUAGAAAGAAUUUGACCCUCAACCUUGUGUCCAGGGAGUCCCUGGUUGGUGGCCUUUGAGGAUCUUGGUGUCCCUGCAAGUGCCAUAAGCCGAACUUGCCCAGACCCAAGCCAAGGGAAGUUUCCAGAGCUCAGCUUUACUUCUGUGUCAGCAGUCAUCGAAGGCCCUGCCUGUGGUCUUAAAAACAAGAGGGCGCACAUUUGGGAAGACAAGAUAGAUGGAGGCGAGAGGAAAAGUCGCCCGCUUCAUGCUUUUUAGUAACAGGACCCUGCGUCUUAACAGCUGGGGGAGAACGGGCGUUAAUUACGGGGCGGGUGUCAGGAAGGCGGGGCAGGGUAGGUUUUUGGUGAAAGUGGCACCAGGGCCCCUGAAUUCCCCUCCCUGUGUGAUGGGGUCACUGCACGGGGGGACAGCAGGUGCUCCCGGGAGAAGCCAAAGAGAAGCUCCCAUCAUUGAAAUGGCUCUUUAAUCUCAGGAGCCGCAUCCUGGAAAAUUAGAAUCUAGGCAGUCUGCCCGGAGGGAGCGCCUCCCAAGUCCGCACUGCCUCCUGAUCCAGCCAGCCUCCACCUCCACCGGGGCAACUGGGCAAGGCUGCGUGUUUCAGAAUCCCCUCCAGAGCUGCUUUGAAGUUCUAGAAGUGCCCACCGACCAGUGGAGGGACAGACGUAAAACUAGCUCUGGAACACUCGAGCAGGCGCACUGCGUGCACGGAAAGACCAGACGAAAACGUGCCCAUUGUCUCCCCAGAGAAAGGUAGAAACACCGCGUUCCCUUUGAGCCAGGAAGAACCUGUCCAUGCAACUGCCCUGAAUUCCUUCUGCGCAAGUGCAGGUCUGCCCGGGCCCGUGUUCACCUGGGCGAGUCCGAUUGUCCUACGCUUUCAGCCCAUCUUUCCCGCCCGGAGCUGCCCCAGCCGGCUCCCCGGCUCCCGGCUAUAGAGUGCCUUGUUCUUCUGCAAAGCCAGAGGGCUGGCCUACUCAGACGUCGCAGUCUCCUGCACCAGAUGCUUUUGGAGUGGGUACGGCGCCGACACCCCUCUCGCCCGACAGCCGUACCUGUCGUGCGUCGGCAGGCGCGCACGCCGCCAGCUUGGUUGAUGUCCUUAGCAAACCCGUGUCUGCCAACCGGUAAGAAUGAUGCACACCUCAUCAGAGCCACCUCUUGCUCUUCCUCAAGGGAGAAGCAGCCCUGCUUCACAUUCUAAAGGCAACGUUUGGCUUUCCUUCUCAUUGAUUUGCUGGGAGGCAGGGUCAACCCUCAAGGCAUUCUUUUGUCACAUCUGGUAUUUCUUAAGCUGAGAUGUUGGUAUAACUGGCUUGCAGAGAUGCAGACAGCGGCGGGGUGGGGUGGGAGGGCAUGCUCCGGAGUGCAGCGAGCCAGCAGCCGCCCCCAGCAGCCUCCUGGAGCUGGGUCAGGCCUGUGCGGACCACCACACCCUCCACUACGAAAUUCAGACGCAUCCUUGAUACUUUUUAGUUUUGCAGCCCAGAGCGCCGCGCUGUUGCCCAAGGUACAUCGUUCAUGUCCUUUUAGUUACUUCUGGCACCUAUCCCUGGGCUCUAAAUCAUGACAUGCAAAAUAUUUUCCUGAAUGUGUUCAUCAGUUGCGAACCUCGAGAAUAAUAAUGAUUGUAAUAAAACUCUUGCAUUUCUUCUCA